AUGGCUAAUUGUAAUAGCGCGCGAUCUCCCACUCCCGGGCUGCGUUCAGCGCCAUCGCUGCGGGAGCUGCGCCGCAACUACAUGAUCAACGAAUUGCCUGUUCUCCAGGAAACCAACCCCUUCGACGGCUCCGAGCAAUUCGACCCUCUGAACGAGGAGAAUGUCAACGGGCACUCGUUCGAUCUCGUCGCGCCGUACGAAGGCGACGGCGCACCGCUGCACAGUCUCGAGCGCCAGGCCGAUCUCAUGUUCUCAUCCGAGCAUAUGCUGAGCAUCCUCACGCGGCCGCGCUAUCUGGCGAGCUUUCGCGACUUUCUGGCGCAGGAGCGGCCCCGAUCUAUUGCCACCUUGACAUACUAUCUGAAUGCACGCAAGGCUCUCAAAGCCAUCCAGUACGCCAACGCGCUCGUGCGGCUCUCCGUCGAUGUGCCGACAGCUGGAAUUGAGAUGGCAGAGCAACCCAUUGGCCCGACUCUCAAUACUGCGCUGGAAGACCGGGUGCAAUCGACAUUGGAUGCGCUCACCGCGGAGGAAUUGCCGGCCUUUAUCACCUCUACCUGUAUCAAUAUCACCAGCAAAGUUGUCGAGGAGCGCGUGCGCGGGACUCUGCCGGAUAAAUUCCAGGGAACGGCCGAUGCGCUAGCAGAGGUGUUUUGUUUGACGGAUCCGUCGCGGCCUGAUAAUCCUAUUAUCUUUGCUUCUGGAGAAUUCCACCGUACCACGCAAUACGGCAUGGACUACGUCCUCGGACGAAACUGUCGGUUCUUGCAAGGUCCCAAGACCAACCCUAAUAGUACGCGGCGCAUUCGAGAGGCCAUCCAAGCAGGGCGGCACCACUCGGAGCUCUUCCUCAACUACCGCCGCGACGGCUCCCCCUUCAUGAACCUCCUCCAAUGCGCACCCCUCUGCGACAGCCAAGGCAAAGUACGCUACUUCAUCGGCGCGCAGAUCGACGUCUCCGGACUAGCAAUGGAAGGCGCGCAGAUGGACUCGCUGCAGCAUCUACAGGCACAAAAAGGUGUCCAAAAGGAGCACGAACAAUCACCACCCUCGGAAACCUCGGCAAAGAAACAACCCAACGACAAAAAGAGCGAGUUCCAGGAACUUGGCGAGCUGCUCAGUCCGCGCGAGCUCCAGAACGUCCACGAAAACGGCGGCAACCUCUUCCAGCCGAUCAUCGAUCACGAGACGAACCGGCGGCUGUGGCUGCCAGACCACGAGGACGAGGAAAAGGACCCGGACGCGCAGAUGAAGGCGAUGAAUCUGGGGAAUCCCACCAACUCGCUCACGGGGGUAUACAAACACUAUCUACUCGUCCGCCCCUACCCCUCCCUCCGCAUCCUCUUCACCUCCCCUUCGCUCCAAAUCCCCGGCAUGCUCCAGUCCUCCUUCAUCAGCCGCAUCGGCGACGUCGGUCCCAAGCGCGACCAUAUCCUGCACGCGCUGAUGGCCGGGCGCAGCGUGACGGCGCGCAUCAAGUGGGUGACGCGGUUCAAUGUCGAGGGCCGCAACCGCUGGAUCCAUUGUACGCCGCUGGUGGCGCAUAACGGACAGGUAGGCGUGUGGAUGGUUGUGGUGAUUGAUGAUGAUGAGGAGCAUUUUGUGCGGUGGAAGGGGAAUUGGCCUACAUGA